AUUACUGUAUCAUGGCCGCGGCCACCGGAGGUACAUGUUUGUUUGUAAUGUACGGCCUUAAUUUUCAAAUGUAGCUAGCCUCUAUGUCGUUGGCAUCAAAGAUAACACUUGGCGCUUCCGUAGUAAUUGCGACAGCUACUGUAUUUGGAGUACAUUAUAAAAAGAGUUACGACCAAAAGCGCUUGAAACAAGGUGUUGUGAAGGAUCUUGAAAGGCAAGAGAGAAAAAGACGCAAUCGCGAGGAGCUGCAACACCAGAUUGAGCUGACACAACGGUUGGAGAUGCAGAGGGAUCAACAAGAAGGAACAUCAAAACACAAGUCUUAGUCAUGAUGCGAGAUGAGCCAUUUGAUUGUACAGUAUUAUAGUUUUGUCGACCUCUCUGCAUCAUCAUGUAAUGGAGAUUGCUGAAGGAAAAUAUUGGCUGUACAGACAUUUUGACUUUACAGAGAUUUGCAUUAUAAACUAACUUCCACCAAACAAAAGCACUGAAACAUCUCUUGACAGUAUAAAUCUGUCAGGCCACUACUGGCCGAUGGUCUACUCCAACUCAAAUCAA